AUGUCCAUGUAUCCGCACCGAGGCAUGGGAGGCGUCCCACCCGGAGGGAACGGCGCGUCCCGCUUGAACGAGCUGCUCGACAACAUCCGCUCCGAGUUCGAGACCCAGGUUCGCCAAUGCGAAAACUACGAGCACCAGAUUCAAACCCAGGUCAAUGAAAUGCAAUUGGUUCGUGAGAAGGUCUACGCGAUGGAGCAAACCCACAUGGCGCUCAAGCAGAAGUUUGAAGAAGAGGUCACCCAUCUCCGCCGACAGCUCGAACAGGCCAGAGGUGGCGCUCCCCAGGGCGCCAUGGUCGGCCCGCCUCCCCAUCAGGGUCCUCCACAAGCUCCUCCCCCGGCCAUCGGCAUGGGCACCAAUGCCUUCAGCGCCAUCAUGUCCGGCCAGGGUGGCCAGGGCGGUCCUAUCCCCCCGCCCCCUCCUCCGCCUCAGGAGCAGCAGGGCCCUCCUCACCAGAUGCCGCAGCCUCCCCCAGGGCUCCAGGGCCCUCCGCCGCCCCCUCCACCGCCAUCACAGGCGCCCCCUUUCCAGCAGCAGUACCCCCAAGGCCCAGCUCCGGGUGGUUUCCCAUCCCAGCCUCCCCAGAGCACCGCCAGCCCCGGCCCCGGUAAGCGCGGCGGCCCCGGUAGACCGCCAGCUGGUGGUCCCGCGACUCCUCAGAUCAACACUCCAAUUCCGUAUCCGGGACCCGGAGGCCCGGGCCAGUCUCCUCAGGUCGGCACCCACCCGACCCCGGACCACGCCAGGAUGGCCCAGCCGCACCAUCCUCCCAACAACGCCCUUGGUGAUCUCGAUGUCGAGCACCUGGUCCACACCCUGGCGCACGAGAGCGUUGUCUGCUGCGUUCGCUUCAGCAUGGAUGGCAAGUACGUCGCGACUGGAUGCAACAAGUCUGCCCAAAUCUACGACAUCGUCUCUGGAGACAAGAUCUGCGUGCUGCAGGACGAUAAUGCCGACACUGGCGGCGACUUGUACAUCCGAAGCGUCUGCUUUAGCCCCGACGGCAAGUACCUUGCCACCGGUGCCGAGGACAAGUUGAUCCGGGUCUGGGACAUCCAGAGUCGCACUAUCCGAAACACAUUCUCUGGCCACGAGCAGGAUAUUUACAGCCUGGACUUCUCUCGUGAUGGCCGGACUAUUGCAUCGGGCAGUGGCGACCGCACAGUCCGACUUUGGGAUAUCGAGACAUCCAACAGUGUGCUGACACUCACUAUUGAGGAUGGCGUCACUACUGUUGCCAUCUCUCCCGACUGUCGACUCGUCGCAGCUGGUUCCCUCGACAAGAGCGUUCGUGUCUGGGAUAUUGCUACGGGCCACCUUGUUGAACGCUUAGAGGGCCCUGACGGUCACAAGGACAGUGUCUAUAGUGUCGCAUUCUCCCCAAGUGGGAAGGACCUUGUGAGCGGCAGUCUGGACAGGACCAUCAAGAUGUGGGAGCUUAGCUCCUCCCGGCCUGGACAAAUGAACCAAGCCCCCAAGGGUGGACGAUGUGUCAAGACGUUUGAAGGCCACCGGGACUUCGUUCUCUCUGUUGCUUUGACGCCAGAUGCCCAGUGGGUCAUGUCAGGGUCCAAGGACCGAGGGGUGCAAUUCUGGGACCCCAGAACCGGAAACACCCAAGUCAUGCUGCAGGGCCACAAGAACAGUGUCAUUUCCGUGGCACCGAGCCCCACCGGGAACUACUUCGCCACUGGCUCCGGAGACAUGCGCGCUCGUAUUUGGUCGUACACCCGAACCGGCCCUUAG